AUGGACACUUGGUGUCUUGAGUGGGCUCGCUGGGUCCGUCGGCAUGAGGCAGACGUGUGCCGCAUCGAGCAGCCUACACCUUUGCGGAUCGAUAUUCAUCAUCUGUACUACGUGCUCCUCCAUCUCGAAGGCCUCGGCGCUCAUGUAGGGCCUAUGGAUGUCGUCGUCGACGUGCCGUAUCCCACCCGCGCCCCUGCGACGGAGGCGUCGCAGCCGCAGGACACAAGCGAUACCAAAAGUAUACUGUCGCUCCAGCAGACCAUCCAUACUGUAUCGAGCUGGUGGUAUGGCGAUCCGUCAGCUGAGACCUCGGCUGAGCCAGUAUGGGCGUACCUACGCACCGUGCUGCCCCGCGUCACUUCGUUGGCCAUCACCUCUGCGCCCACCUCGUCGAACGAGGAGCUCGCGUCGUAUCCCGGCACACAUGGCACGCCACUUCACUUCUUUACGAGUCUCGCGCACUUGGCCCUGGUUGGCGUCGAGCCCUGCACGAUCCUGGGAUGGGACCGUUUGUGCAUUCAACUCACAUCCCUCUCCUGCUCGUACUGCCAUAUCCCGGACGUCGCAGGCGUCUGUACCGACCUUGUCGUCCGCGACGCAUCGGCGUCCACGAUGCCUGCGGCUGCCUGGCAUGCGUUGCGGUGUGUCGCCUUGCCUUACAACGAGCUGACGUUCCUCGACGAGGCCAGCGUGCAGCACUGGGGCCAUGUCACAUACCUCGAUGUCUCUCACAACUUGCUGAAUGCUGUGCCGCCUGCAUUGGCCCAUAUACCCCAUCUACGUGGCCUCAACAUCUGCGACAAUAUGGUCGAUAGCGUGCUGGGCAUCUACGAUGCUCUGCCGCAUAUCUGUGCACUGAAUCUCAGCGGCAACCGUUUGGACAGCUUGUGUGGGAUGGAACGACUCUUAUCUCUACGGCAAGUGGAUGUACGACACAACCAGCUGUACGAUCCCGGCGAGAUUGGCCGAUUGGCUACUCUCCCUCACAUCUCGCAUGUAUGGACUGCUGCGAAUCCUAUGCUGUCCAUGACACGCGAAGCGCGUAUCGCCUGCUUCACGGCCUUUGCCUACGAGAAAAAGUCGAUUCUCCUCGACGAUACACAGCCUGGGUUCUGGGAACAGCGGCGGAUUCAGGCGCUGGUCGCGCAGCGUCGCGCUAGUGCGCCCCGUCGCGAUUCCAGUGUGAUUGAGGCCCAUGUAGCCUCACAAGCACGUCGCGUCGUCAAGCAUCCCCAAGACACGGCCGCCUCGCCGCAGCUGCCGCCUACGCCAGCGCCACGACGCAAACGAAAGAGUACCUCGCGCCUGACUGUGGACGACGCAUCGGCCCCCCUCAAGCAGCGGAUCGAGCAGUUGCGAGGAGCAAAAGGCGACGAUUGGCUGCGUGUGCUGGCCCAAGAGCCCUCGAGCGAAGCGCCGUCGUACCCUGUCCAUGCCGUGGAUGAGCCUCCGAUCUCGGGCUUUGCAUGGCCUUUCCGAUCGCUGCUGUAUGUCAUCUCUACGCCGCUAGGCGCGGCAGCGGCGAGUGCUGUCACUGUCUGUGGCGGCUACUUUGCCUGGUGGCGUUUCUUCCGUCGGAUCCCGAAUGCCGCGUACGUCACACCGGCCGUCCUGCACUCUCGUCGCGUGUUGGUCGGCCGCGUGACCCAUGUCGGUGAUGCUGACGGAUUCCGAUUGUACCAUACGCCAGGCCUUCCGUUCCUUCGGUCCUGGGUCUACAAACCCCCCACCAAGGCUGCUGACCUGCGGCAGCAAACCAUCUCCGUCCGUCUCGCUGGCUGCGAUGCACCGGAAGCAGCUCACUUUGGACGCGAAGGCCAGCCGUUUGCCGACGAAGCCAAGGCAGAGUUGAAGCGACUCGUAGAAGGUCGGACCGUGUGGCUCUCCCUCGCACACAUUGAUCAGUACCAGCGCCUGGUCGGCACGCCUUACGUGUGGACGUGGCCGUACAUCUUUGGGAAGACCAAUGUCUCUUUAUCGCUCGUUCGCCAAGGCCUGGCGACUGUAUACCGCGCCACUGGCGCCGAUUACGGCCCACCCACAUGGCUGUCCCGCACGUUAUUGCGUGUGCAAACUGGUCGUCGUGCGCUGGAACGGGCCGAGGAGCAUGCCAAGCGAAGCAAAUUGGGUAUGUGGAGUCUCGGUCGGCGCGUCGAGACACCGGCUGAGUACAAGCAGCGCCAAGCACGCUCCAAAUCAUGA